AUGGACGACGAGACAAAGAUAUUAAAAAAAAAUGGCUACAUACCGGACCGUACACUGGGUGAAGGGUCUUAUGGCAAGGUCAAGUCUGCCUACUCUAAAGAACUGAAGAAAAAAGUUGCUAUCAAAAUCAUUGACCUGAAAAAAGCACCCUCUGAGGUGCUGCAGAAAUUCCUGCCACGUGAACUGGAGAUCAUCUCCUCACUCAUCCACCCACACAUUGUAAGGACCUUCAAGAACUUUUAUAUAGAUGCAAAAAAGCUGUUGAUUGUGAUGGAACUGGUAGAGCAGGGUGACUUGCUUGAUCUCAUUAAAACCAGAGGCAAACUUACAGAAGAACUCUCUAAAAAACUGUUCCGCCAACUAGCACUUGCUGUCAAGUUCAUCCAUGAUCAAAAUAUUGUUCAUCGGGACUUGAAGUGCGAGAACCUGCUGCUCGAUAAAAAGUUCAACUUGAAAGUCACAGACUUUGGCUUUAGCAAGAGACUAGAUUAUGUGGAUGGAGAGAUGAUGCUGAGUGACUCAUUCUGUGGGUCUACAGCAUAUGCAUCACCAGAAUUACUGCAGAAUCUACCUUAUAACCCUAAAGUGAAUGAUGUGUGGAGCAUGGGUGUUGUGCUCUUCAUCAUGCUGACAGGUACCAUGCCCUUCGAUGACUCCAAUCCUAUGAAGAUGUUGGAAACUCAGAAGAAACAUACCAUCAAAUUCCCUAAACAUGCACAGAAGUACAAGUCUGCGUAUGACCUCAUCUACCGCAUGCUGGACCCUGACCCUCUCAAAAGGAUUGACGUCAACUGCAUCCUCCAACACCCGUGGCUACAGGAAGAGCCCAAAUUAGUUAAACGUAUCCAGAGACAAUUAAGAGGUCCAUCUACAUCAAAGGACUGCACAGAGGGUGCUAAACACAAGAGGUAA